AUAAAGUAGGAUAUACUGUUGCUGAGGUGUAAAUGCUUUACGUAUAAACUUCUUCUUGACUUUAAGUCAUACAAAAUUUAGUUUUUGUAAUUCAGAAGGAUUUUGUAUUUGACAAUACAAACAAGGGAUGGAUAUUGUCGUAUGUCUCUGACAAAAGAAGUGUACUAUUUAACUGAUUUAUAUGAUUUGCUUUAAAGCCAACAGACAUCGUUGGACAGAGAUAACUCUACUAGGAAUGCAAUACUAUUUGUAAAUAAACAUUUGUGAAAAGAAUUUUUGGUGGAUAAAAUAUGAACAGUAUGGCAAUGCAGGGUAGAGUAAACGAUCCUCUCUUUCACUUUGAGACACAUUUUCCAGAACGAUUGUCUCGUUUACAUCUCAAUCCGGAAUUUUCUGGUGGUAGUCAUCCAGCUCAAAGAAAGAACAAACGCUCACGUGCAAGACAUGGUACGCGAUACAAGACUCAGCCAGUAACAUUUGAUGAAAUCCAAGAGGUAGACGAAGAAAGCAUUAAAGAGGAAGAUAAAGAAAAGAAGACAGACGGAUUAAAACAUCAGUUCGCAGCUUUCUCUAAGUCAAUGGACGGUUUAGUCCCUAGAUUUAGAAGUAACAUUACCGAUGAUGUUAUUCAAGAAGUGGUAGAUGAUACCACAAUUGAUGUGAAACCAAAUAGGACAAAAAUUGGAAAUAUAGGCAGAAUUCAUUCAGACUCUCCAGAGCUAAGAUUACAAAUAGGAGAGACUGAAGAAAGUUGUAAAGAAAAUAAAGAAAAUGAGCCUAACAAUGGCACAAAAUCGGAAAAUGCGCCAUUAGGAUUACCGCCAUCUGGGCCGAAUACGCGAAGACAACGAACAACGGCAAAGGCGAAGAAACGUCAAAUGCAAGGCGAAGUACAAGGUGGAGGUGAUAAGGGAACGUAGGAAACAAAUACUUUCGUUAUUUCUUUUAUUUUUGUUUAGAAUUUUAAAUGUCGUAGCGUGUGAGUUAGUCAUGGUAUGCGUUAUGAAAUACGUAAUGUUCCAGUUAUUCAUAUGUGCCUUUGAGAUGAACAAAGAAAAUCUGAACAACCGGAUCAUUAGUUUAAGCUGUCAUUUUAUGGACAUUGAUAUUUUUAAAUUAAUAAAGAAAUUGUCGAGGAAAAAUGAUUCAUUAUAUUAAGUUGUUUACAUUUAAGACUUUGAUUUGAAGAAAAGUCAUAAUACAAAAUUAUGAUUAUUGUAAGCAAAACUGCGCUCGAAUGAUUCGACCGCUAAUGCUUAAGAGCAACUGAAAGCGAAGAAAAGUGUUAGUGAAAAAUGAAACAAUAAGAAACCCGUUGGCUGGAAAAUUGCUGAAUAUCUUAGUUGGAACUUACAAGAAUGUGAUAUCAUCUUUACAUGAUUCUCUAUUUUGUGUUUGUUUAAAAUAAUAAUAUAAUAUAAACCUUAAAGUGUAUUCAUUUCAAUGAAAAAACUUCAUAUAAUUUAAAAAGUGAACAUUCUUACUUUUGCAUCGAAUGUAUAUGAAAGGGAAAUAAUAUAUCAAAAGGACUAUGGUUUCAAAUUACCGAAUAAAACAGACACCAUAAGAACAACAAGGGGCAAAACAACCAUAGUUUCUGUGUGUUAAUAAAUUUUUAAGUUUUAAGUAUCAUUUAAUAAUUCAGAUAAGAGAAUAUCGAAGUAAAACUUAUAUUUGCUCGGUUAGAUUUGAUAUUGUGAUUAAAAGUCAAAACUGGAUAAUAAUUUCCUUGAAAUAUAAAGUAUAUUUUAUCAUUUGACAACUAUUUAGAUGAAGUCAGUUUCUUUUUAGUAAAAAUAAGGCAUCACAUCAUUCAGUAGUGUCUUGAAGUCUGGAUUCUGCUUUUGGAUUAAAGUAACACAUUGCAAUUUCUAACUGUUGUGUUAAAACAUGAUUCCGUUUUUUGGAUUUUAACAAUUUCAAUCUCCCGAUAAUUGCUUAAUGACUUCAAAUCAUUUCCCUUUGAAUUAAAGUGGCACAGUUUCUAGAAAGUAUGUUUUCGUAUUUUGAUUCAGUAACAUACUGCAAUAUCUAGUUAUUUGUGAUGAUAUUUUAAUUUAACUUAGAGUUUAACAUACGAUAUAGCCACUGCAGAGCAACACUUUUUGGGAGAUAAAACAGUGGUUGUUGUUGUUGUGAGGUGUUGCUCUAAGCAGAUAGUAAUAAUAGUAGUAAUAAUAUUUCACUUUGGGGGAAAAUGAUACAGUCGCUGUAAAGAGGUUAUUGCUGUUUAGAGGGCCACUCUGCAGAGGUUACUGUGUAACAUUUAAAUUAUGUGAUUAAAGGGACUCCACUGAGGUUUUUUGACGUGAAGGGACCGAAAACAUUUUUCAAAAGUUUUUUUGUAUAAAUAGUACAAAUUUUCAGAUCAUUCGCUUAUUUCGUUUCCUAGAAAUAAUCACAUUUAUUGUGCAAUUGGCCCAAAAAAUGAAAACGCUUUUCACUCAAAUCGGCCAAAAUGGCAUAAAAAUCGAUUAUCUAUACUUAAUACUGUGUAUAUUUAUAUAUCAUGUAUUGCUUUGUUUCAAAUUUAAAUGUACCAGUUUAUUUAAGAAAGAAUUUCAAAAUUUAUUUUUUAGGGUAUGGACCUCAGCGGAGUUCCUUUAAAAUUAAAUUCUGAAUCUUAAUUCCUUCAUUUGAAAGUUACAUAUCUUUACUUGCGCUUUGAUUCUGAGUGGCAUGGCAAAAAGCAAACACUUCUUCAAUUAAGUUCGGUCUCAAAAAAGUAUGUCUAAUAAACGGAAAAUUCAACUAUUGAUAUAUCAAACCUUGCUUCAUUGUUAUCAAUAUUUGUUUUAUAAAAGUUUGUCUAUCACAUUACUGUUAAUUUCGUUACAUUGGUGCUAAUGAGAUUCUGUAAAAUAUAAUCCAAUUACUAGA